AUGGAAUCAGGAGAGCCUAAACGUAGUAUUUUGUUACCGAGUAAAGCUGAAGUCGCUGGAGGAGAGAACAUUCGGAUCUUAGAGAGCGAAAUACCAGGCAGGGGUGAGAGAGGUCGUACUAGAGAGAAGAAGGGCUCAUCGUCGAGCGGUAUUUCGCAAAAUCGGUCCAGAACUUCAAGCAGAUUGAGAGGCGAUAUGGGAGAGUACUUCAAAUGGACAGUGUUGCGUCACGAUCCCUCGGAAAGACUCGAAAUUGACGAUCGAGAAGGAUCUGAGGAAAGUGACAAUGAGGAAGAUGUCAGUGAUGAAGAGCAGGUAAGCGAUGUAGAAAACGAACUCGAUAUCGAUGCAGCUCUAGGAUACGAUCUGGGUGCCAGAGUGCUCCCGAAUUUUGUCACCAGCUUGUGGGACGUUUUGCAGGCGGAAAAACAGUGGGUUGCUAAUUAUCACCAGGAGUUAGCUAAGAACGCCGCGUCCAUUCAGGUUGAAGAGAUUUCCGGUGGUUACGCAAGAGCAAUAGAAGUACUACAUGGACCUAAAAGUGAGAAGUCUAAUUUAGAAAAGGGAUCGUCGUAUGUCUUGUACCUUGAUCUCACGACAGAAUCCUUCUACGCGCUACUGUACGUGUUCGGAGCCGUGCUUAACCCGAACGAUACUUUAUACGUGCUGCAUGUCUCGCCGAAAGUAUCCCUCGACAAGCUGCAAUCAAAUGUAUCCCAAUUGAAAGCACAAAGCGCGUAUCUGCUAGAUGCGUCGGCUGCAAUCUUGGAUUCGAUAAACGUGGUUGUGAUCUCGGCAUCACAUCCCUAUCCCAAACACCUGUUAAAUGAGAUGGUUUUGGCAAUAGAGCCCAUGACCCUAUGCGUACCGCUUUCAUUGGUACUUUCCUCACUACAUAACUAUGUGUGCCCUAUACCCACGAUAGUGAUACGCAGGAAACUAAAGCGGUCCAAAAAGAAGGGUAUAAACGAGUGA